AUGCACUCUCGUCUCACCUGCCUGCUCGAUCAUCGUAGCAGCCGUGACGAGCAGCAGCAUUACGCUCUCCACGCGUCGUUUCGAGACGCUCGUCGCAUCUUUGCCUGCUUCUUUGGCUCGCAGCUGCACGGCACCGACACGUGCGACUCGGACAUUGACAUUAUGGGUCUCCUUCUGCCCACUCCUAGAGACAUGCUUUUGGGCAUCGGAGCAAGCAAAGAGGUAGCUCAUCGAACAAAGGCAGCUUUGGAAAGGAACGGAGCGGAAGAUGUGGAUACAAACUUUAUCACUCCUUUGGAUUUUAUCGAGCAGCUGGCAAGCGGUCAACCGAUAGCGUGGGAGAUGCUCUUUGCCCCUCCCCACUCUCACGCGCCCGACACGACCGAUGAGGGGCUUGCAUUCCUCGCAGCUGUGCGGGAACAAGUGCCACAACUUUUGACAUCAAGCACAAAAGCAGUUCGAGGUCUGAUGGAUAAUUUCGAGCGUCGCAUCAAGAGAGAAUUGCAGAAGCGUGAGAUGAGCGCGUCGGACGAGAGGGUACAGGGUCAGCUGUACAAAUCCGCCGAUGCAAAAAAGUUGGCUCAUUCUCUGCGCGUCUGUCAGCAAGCCAUCGAGCUGUACGAGCAUGGCCGCAUCACCCUGCCGCGCCCAAACGCUGAGCAUUUGCGCGUGAUCAAGCGCAAAGAGGUGCCACUGCACCAAGUGCUGGAGCAAAUUGACCAGGCAAAGAGUCGCUUGCUGGAAAUUCGUGGAGCAGGCGAACGCAGAGAAAUCUCGGACAAGACUGGCGCGUACGAUGCGAUCGAAGCUCUUGUGCGCAAGCAUCUCGGCAUGACUCCGCGGUCGACGUAG